AAAGCUUUUCUUUUUUUCUUAAAUUUAUUUAUUUGCCACCCCAUUUAUAUUUGCCAUUGUUAGCUUAAAGAGAGAAAGGAAAAAAGAGAUGGGGUUAAGGGAUAUAGGAGCAGCACUGCCACCUGGGUUUAGGUUUUAUCCAAGUGAUGAAGAGCUGGUUUGCCAUUAUCUCUUCAAAAAGGUUGCUAAUGAAGAAAUCUUGAAGGGUACUUUGGUUGAUAUUGAUUUGCAUACAUGUGAGCCAUGGCAGCUUCCUGAGGUGGCAAAGCUAAACGCAAGCGAGUGGUAUUUCUUCAGCUUCCGAGAUCGGAAGUACGCGACGGGGUUCCGAACGAAUCGAGCGACGGCAUCUGGUUACUGGAAAGCAACUGGAAAGGAUCGGACGGUGAUCGACCCAAGAACACAAGAGGUGGUAGGGAUGAGAAAGACGUUGGUGUUUCACAAGAACCGAGCUCCAAAUGGAAUCAAAACAGGUUGGAUCAUGCAUGAGUUUCGUCUAGAAACCCCGCAUAUGCCUCCUAAGGAAGAUUGGGUUUUAUGUAGGGUUUUUCACAAAAACAAGGGAGACAACAUCAACAACAACCCAACGACGAUGUUGGAGACAUCAUCGUCUCGUGCCUUUUCUUUAAGAGACCAAACAAGCUUGCAUUAUGGGCAUCAACUCCAACAAAUAGCCACCUCUUUGUCUUUCCCGCAACCCCAUCCAAGCCAUGGCCAAAGCUUGUUGAGCUUGCUUCAGCAAAAUAACAACAAUAAUCCCUACACCAAUGAAGUAAUUAGCUCCAAAGUUGAAGAUGAAUUCGAUUUCUUUUGGGACAUCAACACGGUAGAAAACAACUUGGAAGACAUAAAAUUCGAUAAUAAUGAGGAUGAUGAUAAUGUGGGUUUCCUAUGAAAACUGAUUGUAUUGUUGACCUGUGAUGUUGGGUAUGGUGUUUUGUCUUGGGACGAUAUACAAAUAGAAAGAUUGUGUAUUUUGGUUUAGGGUUUAUUUAUUUAUUGUAUAUAAUUUUGGGCAUUGUAAAAAAAAUUAUAUUUAUAUAUAUAAAGCAAAUUUUUUACUGAUUUUUUAUUUAAA